GCGCAGCAACUGAGAUCUCCGAUGAGGGCGCCGCACGAUGAAUCUCCAGCACAGUCUGUUAGUGGCGCCCUCAUCGGAGAUCUCAGUAGCUGCGCUUGAGCAUAACAAAAAAAUAUGGGGAAAUGAAAUGUUAUUUGAAGCUAAUUUAAAUCUAAAAUUUUCAUCCAAUGAAUUUCAGUUCGAAUUUUGAAUUUCCCAUAUCUUUUAGUGACACUAUUAUAGUGUCACUAAAAGACACUAUAAUAGACACUAUCCGCUAUUAGCGGAUGCACUUAGUCGUCAGUCCGCGUACCAAGGUACUAUUGUCUCUUAUUUAUGGCCAUUAUUCCAUUCUCGUUCAAAUGUGUUUGUCUCUGAACAUACAAAAGAUAAUGUGGUGAGAAAUUUUCAUUUAAAAUAUGAUUUACCAUUAUUAAAUUUUUUACAUACACAAGUUGAACAUCACGACACCGCACAACAGACAACGUAUCCCAGUGUAUUGAUUCUCUAUCCAACAUGGUCUGCGUGUAAAACGGCAUACGAUCAUUCAGAAAAAUGUUAUAGUGAACAAUAUUUUGAAAAAAUAUCCGUCUGCUUAAUUUACGAAGGACAGUGGAGUAAUGAACAAGAUUUAUAUCGGCAAUUAAUCACAAACGGAUGUGAUGUACUAAUAUCCACAGCAACUAUUGUAAAUAAUCUCAUUCAAUAUCAUCAUAUUCAUUUUGAACAAAUUAAAAAUUAUGCAUUUAUGAUCAAUGUGAAUUAG